AUGCUCCAAGAGCAGAUAGACCUCGUGUCCACCGAAGAUACGAGAAUACAGGCAUGGCGCGACGCGGCCAACGUAGUCAAAGUUUACAAUGACGAGCUUGUCGAUCAAUGGAACAAGGAGAUUGAUGGGCUGCUGACAUUUGCUGGACUAUUUUCGGCGGUCCUCACCGCGUUCAACGUCUUGGCGUACCCACUGCUCCUGCCCCUACCAACCGACCAGACCACGGCCAUUCUUUUGCAGAUCUCCGCACAGCUUUCGAGUUUCUCCGUAAACCCAUCUUUCGUGAACUCCACACGGCCUGCUUUCGACUCGCUGCCACCUCCACCGCCUUUCCAAGCCCCUCGGUAUGCUGUGUGGCUAAACUCACUUUGGUUUAUCAGCAUCGUCUUGAGUCUUGCUUCCGCGACGAUCGGUAUCAUCGUGAAACAAUGGCUAAAGGAGCAUGGCUCUGGACUAUAUGCCAUUGCUGAGGAGAUCAUCCGGCGGAGGCAAGAUCGGUUGAAUAACCUGAACUUGUGGCAUGUCACGGCAAUUGUAGCGGUGCUUCCC